AUGCAAUAUGAAACUGGCGAAGAUAUUAAUAAAAAUAAAUUAAACCUUAAACAGGCUAUUGACUAUAUUUCGGAUGCAUGGGGUGCAAUUGAUGAUGAAGUAGUCAUCAAUUGCUGGAAAAAAACCGGCAUUCUUCCUGCCGUUGAAAAUGAAGAAAUUAUUGGUGCUUCUGAAUUUCAAGAUGAAGAAAAUUUACUUGAAAAUGACGAUCUUGAUACACUUCUAGAUGAGUUUUCUAGAGAGGAUGAUUAUUCCGCAACUCUUACCUCUGCAAUGGUUGAUUUUUUUAAUAAUAUUGAUCAAACCAUUGCAACAGAAGAAGCAUUAAUGGAUCAACAAAUUGUAAACCUUGUUCAAAAUGAAAAUAAUAUUGUUGAAAAUGAUCAAGACGACUCUGAUGAAGAACCAUCUGAAAUAUCAACACAAGAGGCAUAUAAUGCCUUAAAAACUUGGUUAUCUUUUUUUGAACAACAAGAAUCUUCUGACUUCGAUAUGAAAGAUAUAAAGAUCUUUAAAAAAUAUAGUAAAAUUAUAAAUAGAAUUUUAUCAGAUUCGAAAAAACAAAGUUAA